GCCCCGCCGGCCCCCCGCGCGAGAUGAUGGACGGCCGCCUCCUGGAGCACUCGCAUGCCCAGUUCGGGGGCUCGCUGGGCGGCGUGGUGGGCUUCCCCUACCCUCUGGGCCACCACCACGUGUACGAGCUGGCCGGCCACCAGCUGCAGUCGGCCGCCGCCGCCUCGGUGCCCUUCUCCAUCGACGGCCUGCUCAGCGGCUCAUGCGCCGCCGCCGCCUCCGUGGUCAACCCCACGCCACUGCUGCCGGCCGCCUGCGGGGUAGGAGGCGACAGCCAGCCCUUCAAGCUGUCAGACUCGGGGGACCCCGACAAGGAGAGCCCGGGCUGUAAGCGGCGGCGCACCCGCACCAACUUCACCGGCUGGCAGCUGGAGGAGCUGGAGAAGGCGUUCAACGAGAGCCACUACCCCGACGUGUUCAUGCGGGAGGCGCUGGCGCUGCGCCUGGAUCUGGUCGAGUCCCGAGUGCAGGUCUGGUUCCAAAACCGCCGGGCCAAGUGGAGGAAGAAGGAGAACACGAAGAAGGGCCCGGGGCGGCCGGCUCACAACUCUCAUCCCACCACGUGCAGCGGUGAGCCCAUGGAUCCGGAGGAAAUCGCGCGAAAAGAACUGGAGAAGAUGGAAAAAAAGAAGCGCAAGCACGAGAAGAAGCUGCUGAAGAGCCAGAGCCGCCACCUGCACUCGCCAGGCGGCUUGUCCCUGCACAGCGCACCCAGCUCAGACAGCGACAGCGGCGGCGGAGGCCUGUCCCCGGAGCCGCCCGAGCCGCCGCCGCCCGCGGCCGCCGCCAAGGGCCCUAGCGCACAUGCCACUGGCCCCGCGGGUUCCGCGCCCGCACCUGUGGACCCUUCCCCUCGUGUCCUGAGUUCUGAGAUAGCCUGCCGCUUAGGGGACCUCAUCCCGUCCUUCCCGCUGGGCCGCAUCCUGUGCUGUCCUGCCCAAACCCCACCCCUGGGCACCUGCUCUUCGGCUGCUCCUGAACCUUACAGGACAUGGGGGGUGCUGCCCCCACCUCUGGGCCUCCUGCAGCCUCCCUGCCAGGCAGGCUGCUUGGCCCCUGAGGACCAUUUCUGGGGUGUCUUCCCCUUCCUCGUCCUGGCUCCGGAUGCAAAACUGUGCUGGGGCAGCCGGGGGAACUUCCUGUGGCCCAGGCCGCAGGUGCUGCCCGGCCUGUGCCCUGCACAGGAGACCAAGCCCCAGGGGCUUGAGACGGCGGGCACCAAGGACAGCAGCCGGCACAUGGUGGGCAUGACAGUCAUCCUGGAGCACGGCCUGGGCACCAAUGGGGCACAGGAGGCCUGCCAGGGCACACAGGAGAUGCCGGGGGUGGCUGGAUCCGGGGCCACCUGUGGGCCCAAGCAGGAGCCUGUCAGGGGCACGCCAGAGCAGCAUGGGAUGGGCUCUGAGGGGACCCUGGGGAGGCCCCCGGGAAAAAAGCAUGAUCUGUCUGGUGAUGAUGAGGAUGAUGAGGGUGAUGUUGGUGAUGAUGAAGCCAGGGAUGUUGAAGAUGCUGCGACCAUCUGGCUGAUGGGCCAGCGGCUGGGCUGGUACACCGACCCAGGGAGCCACGGCUAA